AUGAACUCACUGCCGUAUCAACUAAAGCCUCUCGUUUCUACGACACUGGGCGUAUCGACUCUUACUCUGAUAUUCGUCUUGGUCGCUCUCAUAAACGCGGGCGUUCGUCCCAUUCUUUGGAUCCUCCCAGCUUCAUACGCCCUCACUUUUCCUUACUAUGUUGUCAUGCUUUUAGCAACACACUUUGAGCUCCGCGGCUCAUCACGGCUCUUCUCAAUAUACAGCAUCAUUAUCGCCUUUGCCUCUGCCUUGUUGUGGACAUCAUGCAGUGUCUGUCUCUUGGUCAUAACUAUCAUGGAGGGAAAAGAAGAUAUCAAAAUCGACAGGCUGGGGAAAGAUACAUGGCUUUUAAUUAUCCCUUGUAUUUCCUGCCCAAUUCCGACAUCCCUUAUGUGGAUAAUCGCAGAAGUCAUGCGAAGGGAGAGGAAAAAGAUAUUAUAUGCAAUGAAGUGGCGGCCAGUUGCUCCCCAGUCUUCUCAAACAUGGAGGUUCGUCGUAUCCGAUCCCCCUCCUCUGCAAGAUUUGACUUAG